UGCAGGGCGUUGCUAAAAACGCAGGGCUAUAGAUAUUUAAGAAGGCGGGGUAAACUACACAAAACAUGGACAGGAACAGAAAGCGUCGAGUGGCCAACUGAACCCUAACAACUGUACAUUAAGAAAACAGGCAGAAAGGUUUUUCCCAUCUGGCACUAAAGGGACAACCCGACACCCGGUCAACAAAAUCCUGUCAACAUACAUCCUGUUGCUGCUCCUGUUCGCUGGGGUCUGAUGUGAGGACGCCACGCCUCUCCCGUGAAAAGCCUUGUCAGUUCAGAGAUCCUCUGUGGCUGCGCUUCAAGCAACUGCAAUCCUCCACUCAUCAAUACUUAAUAGCUUCCUAAUGGCAACUUGUGGUUCCUUUUAAUUUAUGAUUUGGGCUCAAAGCUAUUACAGCGCCUCAUCACAUUUACACAAGUGCUUUUUAUGAAAGGCUGUUGAUGCAAUAGAUCACAGCUGCCUCCCGAAUAACUGGUUGCUUAUUGUCGCCUGAUUUUUAUUUUUAAACAACCGUCAUAAAAAGAGUUAUAGUCAGCCGUCAAGAUGGUGGAGGCCCCCAUUUAUGCCACAGGCAUGGCCGCCAAGCUCAGGAGUCAGUGGGAUCGCGACAGCGGCCUCGGACAGAACGACAACGCGGUGAAGUUUCUGGGACAGGACUAUGAGUCUCUCAAAGCACAGUGCCUCCGAAAUGGGACGCUGUUCGAGGACAGUCUGUUCCCCUGCGCCGCAUCGUCUCUGGGAUUCAACGAGCUCGGCCCCAGAUCCUCCAAGACCAGCGGCGUCCGCUGGAUCAGACCCUCGGAGUUGUGCAGGCGGCCGGAGUUCAUUGUGGACGGAGCGACUCGCACAGACAUCUGUCAGGGAGCCCUGGGAGACUGCUGGCUGCUGGCGGCCAUCGCCUCGCUGACCCUGAACGAUAACCUCCUCCACAGGGUGGUUCCUCAUGGACAGAGCUUUCAUCAGGGAUAUGCUGGCAUCUUUCACUUUCAGUUCUGGCAGUUUGGAGAGUGGGUGGAGGUGGUGAUUGAUGACCGUCUCCCGGCGAAAGAUGGGAAGUUACUGUUUGUCCACUCUGCAGAGGGGACUGAAUUCUGGAGCGCUCUGCUGGAAAAGGCCUACGCCAAGCUGAACGGCUGCUAUGAGGCUCUGUCUGGCGGAAGCACAUCAGAGGGCUUUGAGGACUUCACCGGAGGCGUGACGGAGAUGUUUGAGCUGAAGAACGCCCCCUCAGACCUCUUCAGCAUCAUCAGCCGAGCCGUGGAGAGAGGAUCCCUGCUCGGCUGCUCCAUCGACAUCACCAGCACAUCAGACAUGGAGGCCGUCACAUUCAAGAAGCUGGUGAAGGGCCACGCCUACUCCCUGACCGCUGCGCACGAGGUGAUGUACAGAGGAAGCCUGACCAAGCUGGUCCGCAUCAGGAACCCCUGGGGGGAGGUGGAGUGGACCGGGGCCUGGAGCGAUGACUCCAGAGAAUGGGACUCCGUGGACGGCUCCGUCAGAAGUCAGCUUCAGAAACGCAGUGAAGACGGGGAGUUCUGGAUGUCCUUCAGUGACUUCCUGCGGGAGUUCACCCGUCUGGAGAUCUGCAACCUGACGGCGGACGCCCUGCAGCACUGCCAGAUGAAGAAGUGGAACACGUCGCUCUUCGGGGGCGAGUGGAGGAGAGGCAGCACCGCCGGAGGCUGCAGGAAUUACCCAGCGACGUUUUGGCUGAAUCCUCAGUUUAAGAUCAUGCUGCAGCACCCCGACACCCCCGGCCAAUCGGACUGCAGCUUUUUGGUGGCGCUCAUGCAAAAGGACCGCAGGAAGAAAAGACGAGAGGGCCAAGACAUGGAGACCAUCGGGUUUGCUCUGUAUGAGGUUCCAAAAGAGUUCGUGGGGAGCUCGGGGGUCCAUCUGAAACGAGACUUCUUCCUCACGCACGCCUCCAGCGCUCGCUCGGAGCAGUUCAUCAACCUGAGGGAGGUCAGCUCACGCCUGAAGCUGCCCGUCGGGGAGUACAUCGUCGUCCCCUCCACCUUUGAGCCCAACAAAGAUGGCGACUUUGUCCUGAGAGUCUUCUCUGAAAAACCUGCCGGCUCCGAGGAGCUUGAUGACAAAGUCGUUGCAAAUCUUCCACCAGAGACAAAAGUUGAUGAGAGCCAGAUUGACGCAGCCUUCAAGAAUCUCUUCAGGCAGCUGGCAGGAAAUGACAUGGAGAUCAGCCUGACUGAGCUUCAGACUAUACUGAACAGGAUCAUGAGCAAACAUAAGGACCUGAAGACAGACGGCUUCUCUAAAGAAGCUUGUCGCAGUAUGAUAAACCUCAUGGACGCGGACGGGAGCGGGAAGCUGGGCCUGACGGAGUUCCACGUUCUCUGGGAAAAGAUCAAGCGAUACCUGACUAUAUUCAGAGAGUUUGAUUUGGACAAAUCAGGAACCAUGAGCUCCUAUGAGAUGCGGAUGGCCCUUGAAUCUGCAGGCUUCAAGCUGAACAACCAUCUGUUCCAGCUGAUCAUCCUGCGGUACACGGAGGAAGACAUGGCCAUCGACUUCGACAACUUUGUCACCUGUUUGGUCCGGCUGGAGACGAUGUUCAAAACAUUUAAAAACAUGGACACGGAUGGAGACGGUCAAAUAUCCCUUAACUUCUUUCAGUGGAUCUCUUUGACCAUGUUUGCCUAGAGAUGAGUGGAGUCCAUGAACCACAUCCCACUACAACUCCAGGCCCAUUAUUCCCAGAUUUGUUUUUAUUUUUAACAUUUUUACCAGUGCCUUCACUGCUCUCUUCUCCUCCAGGAUGGUCUCUGCUGAGGCCUUGUGAUGCUAAAACAGACAGACUUUGUGAUUCCAGUGCCUCUAUCGGAAACGUGCCAAUUCUUUAUUCGUUGCAUGUUUUGCCAAAUGAGCUCACUCACUCUGGGUGCUAAUGUUUUUGUUUUGUUUUUGUUUAGUUUUUUUACUCUCAAGUAAUGCUGAUAAACUAUAUAGUCAUAAAAAAAUUAUUGGUUGGGUAUAAGUGGGUGGACACAGGGUUGUGCUUUUGUAGCAUUUUUUUUGCAAAAAUGGGCAUAAUCAGCAGCACUGACUUGAUCUGCUAAUUCCAGUUUGGCAAUUUGCAUUUCAAAUGGGAUAAUAAUUGCCAGGCCUUCAGACAUCUGCGUGAUCAUCUCACAUAAACACGAUAAAGACUUGGUGUUCAUAUAAAUGGCCGACAUUCUUGAGAUUGGAGUUGUUUUAACUUGGCACAAGUCCUGUCGUUGGCAUUAUUUUUGCUCUGACUAGCUUGGAAACCUUGUUAACUUUGGGAGGGGAAUGUUUUUAUUUUUAGCUAAAGUAUAAUCACUUAGUUAUCUGUUUCUUGCAAGACACUUCGCUUCUUGUAAUGUCUGAACAGUAACGAUAUACUACUAAAUUCUAAACCAUUAUUAACUUUUAAAAGUACUGAAACCUUUUUUUCAUUUUCCUAAAAUAUUUUUACAUUACUCAAGACCUGGGUAUAAAACUGCACAAUAACUGUGGCUAAUAUAGAUAUAUACGUUUAAGGUGAGCAACUUAUAGCUGCCAGAUAUAACAGAAUUAUGAAAGUAAAUACUCGUUGACUCACCUCUGAAACUGGGGACCCAACCCUCUUAGUUUUCCACCCUCUUUGUCGCAGUUCAAGUAUUUUUAAUAGUGAUUGUUAAAAAUCUGGACUCUCAACCAGUUGAGACAAGAGCCUGUGUUAAACUUUGCUUCGCAACACCUCAGUCCAUCGACGCAAGCAACAGAAAAUGAGAGCAAGCAUCUGAAAAUCAUGCCCAGCAUUUAACCUAGACAAAUAUAUGCAAUAUUACAUAUUGGAUGUUUGUAGCACUGCUGCUGGCCUGGCAUGUUAAUGUUCUUGUGCCAUAUUUCUUCUACUCUCUUAUCAGCUUUCCUGCAGCAUUACUGAGGUCUGGUGGUUUAUGCACUGUGUCAUAGAGAAUGUUUUGACUUCGAUAUAUUCGGUCCCGUUUAGCUUUUAUUAUAUAGAUGAUUAUAUACAUGCUCAUUGUUAUUAUGCAUGGCGUUUCAGACUGUUCUGAAAUAUCCUGGGGGGCGGGACGACCUUUGACCUUUUUGUAACGGCUGGAUUUUAUACUCUGGCAAAGGGAUUAUGUCAACGUGUGUCAUCAUAAAGUGUAAGGUGAACGUGAACAUUUUUGCAAAGCGGAUGGAAAAUGUGUGCAUGAAGUGUCAAAUGUAAAAAUGUUCUGCUUUAAAGAAUGGGGUUUUGUUUUUUAAUUACUACUAUGAUGGGAGCAAGAUUUUGAGAUCAUGUAUAAUGUUGCAACAUUACGCCUUUAAGUGUUUCAUAUGGGGGGGAAAAACAUGUUUGCCAUUUAAAAAGAAAAAAAAACAUUUUGUAAAUGGGAGAACAGCAAUUUGUGACCUGCCUCUUUAAAUCGUUCAAACCAACCCCUUUAAUUUGCAUCAUUGCUGACGCUCUUGACUUUUGCAGCAUAAUGCUUAUGCAAUGUUGUGUAAAGUUUACACGGGGUUAUUUUUCUCGGGGUCGCUUUGAACCCAUCCAUCAUGCAAUAUUGUGGUUUACGUCGGUGCUUUCUGUCAAAUCUCUACACACACUUUGAAAAUAAAACAAAUGAGCCUUUGAAUUUACCGUCA